AUAUCUUUUGUUUCCCGGCCCCCAAAACACACACACACACACAGUUCAGCCUCAGCUCCGCCGCUAUAGACGCCACAACCACCCACCGAGGAAACUAUGGAGUCCUUGGAGGGAUUAGACCAUGGAUCACAUUUGUCCAGUUUUAAUGGAGAUGAUAGUAACGCUUUGAUCUUGACGGGAAAGAAAAAGAAAAAAUCUAAGGAGAAAGGUUUAAAACAACGGGGGCCUUUAAAGUUCAAGAAAAAGGACAAACCUAAACCAAGCAACUCUCAAAAGAGAAAGCUGAAGAAGCUUGAGGAGGAAAAGGGGAAAGCGGAUCUUUUAGCUAAAAGUCUUGAGACACUAGAGAAAUACAAAAUUCAAGACGAUGCUUAUUCACUCAUGUGGUCUUCACGCCGUUUGGGCCAGGUUGAUACUGCCCGAGAGAAACGCAGAAGAGAAGAGCAGUUUGCUAAAACGGGUUUAGUAUUACAACAUAGCGACCCUCCUCAAAAAAGACUGGCCGUUAGUAAUGAUUCUUGUGAGAGCGAACCUGAUAUAAGUGAAAAUUACCCGGACCCAGACGUGGAAGGGGAUUUCCCAAUUCAAACCAUAAACAGAGUUAUAAAUAUCACUAGUCUGAAAUCUUCUCCUCAGAGAUCUUCUUCAGAACUACUAUGUAGCAAAAAUACUGAAGACGUUGGUGCACUAGUGUCUGCUUCGAAUGCUAAUAAACUUGAUGAUGAGCAUGCUAACUCAUCCAUGCUAAAAGAUCCUAAAGCUUCAUUGUCUACGUCUAACUGUAAAAUUAGUAUAUCAAAGUCAAAGGAGCUAGCUGGCUCUGCAACUAGUAUGACCGCGAUACAGAAACCCGUUGUUGCCCCCAUGGUGGUUCAUGUGUCGAGGCCAAAAAAGGUUGAGAGCAUGAGAAUGGAUCUCCCUAUUAUGGAGGUGGAGCACGAGAUUAUGGAAGCCAUAUAUGAGAAAAUCAGUGUUAUCAUAUGUGGAGAAACAGGAUCUGGUAAGACUACACAAGUUCCGCAGUUUUUAUAUGAGGCCGGAUUUGGUUCAAAAAAUCAUAGUAGUCGAAGUGGCAUUAUUGGUGUUACUCAGCCGCGUCGUGUGGCUGUCCUUGCAACUGCAAAGCGGGUAGCAUAUGAGCUUGGGCUUCGUUUAGGGAAGGAAGUUGGUUUCCAGGUUCGGCAUGACAAGCGGAUUGGAGACAGCUGCUCCAUCAAGUUCAUGACUGACGGAAUAUUGCUUCGAGAAUUGCAGAAUGAUUUUUUGUUGAAGCAAUACUCGGCCAUAAUAUUGGAUGAGGUUCAUGAGAGGAGUCUGAACACAGACAUACUUACUGGGAUGCUUUCUCGUAUUAUAGUAGAACGCCAGAAAAUCUAUGAACAGCAAAAAGAGUAUGAACGAUUAACAGGAAAGGCAAUUAGCUUUGAGAAAAAGAUCUUCCCGUUAAGGCUCAUAUUGAUGAGUGCCACCCUGAGGGUUGAAGACUUUAGAUCGGAUAUAAUGUUCGCUGAACCUAUAAAACCACCUGUAAUUAAAGUGAGAGGUCGUCAAUAUCCAGUUAGUAAACAUUUUUCAAAGAGAACAGAGCUUGUGGACUACAUUGGACAAGCCUAUAAAAAGAUCUUAACAAUUCACAAGAAACUUCCAUCUGGAGGAAUACUUGUGUUCGUGACAGGCCAAAGGGAAGUAGAACAUUUGUGUCGUAAGCUACGCAAAGCAUCUCUUGAGAUGACCAAAAGGAAGUCGGAUGCAAAUAGUGAGAUGCCUGUUGAUACCACUUCCAAGGAAUUUGACAUGAAGGAGAUUGAUGAAGCAUUUAAGAUGGGAAACAACCAACAAAUAGACAGAUUUAGCUCAUAUGGUAAUGAAGAUGGUGAUUUGUCAGAGGAUGACGAUGAGGCUUUCGAUUCUUAUGAAUCUGAAGAUGAAAGUGAUUUGGAGGCAAGCACUGAUAUAGAGGAUGCACGUAUCCAAGAUAAUGACCUUGUUAAUGUCUUGGGAGAAAAUGGAAAUCUUGAUUCACUGAAAGCUGCUUUUGAAACUUUAUCUAGGAAGAAAAAUUCUGACUCUAAACUGGACAGUGCUCAGUAUGAUUCUGUUCUAGGUGAUUCAAAGCAAUCAAAUUCUGCUUCUGCAGUGAUGAGGGAGGCCGGUGAUAGGUCCCCUGGAGCAUUGUGUGUUCUGCCCCUAUAUGCCAUGCUUCCCGCAUCUGCACAACUUCGUGUGUUUGAGGAUAUCAAGGAAGGAGAGAGGUUAGUAGUUGUUGCAACUAAUGUUGCAGAAACCUCUCUAACUAUCCCAGGCAUUAAGUAUGUUGUUGAUACAGGAAGGGAAAAGGUUAAAAAUUACAAUUCUUCUAAUGGAAUGGAAACCUAUGAUGUCCAGUGGAUAAGUCAAGCAUCUGCAGAUCAGCGUGCUGGAAGAGCUGGAAGAACAGGGCCUGGCCACUGCUAUCGUCUCUAUUCUGCUGCUGUCUUUACCAACAUGUUUGCUAAGCACUCAACUCCUGAAAUCCAAAAAAUACCUGUUGACGGUGUCGUUCUGCUCAUGAAAUCCAUGGGAAUUAAUGAGAUUACGAAGUUCCCUUUUAUUACCCCUCCAGAAGCUAAAGCUUUGUUUGAAGCAGAGGUUUGUUUAAAAUCUCUGGAAGCACUUGAUAGUGAUGGGAGGUUAACUCCUUUGGGGAAGGCUAUGUCCCGGUACCCAAUGAGUCCUCGCCAUUCACGGAUGCUUCUUACAGUUGUUCAAAUCCUGAACAGUGGAAAUGGUUCUGCACGACGGAAUCUGAUUUUAGGAUAUGCACUUGCAGCUGCUGCAGCUUUGAGCUUGUCGAAUCCUUUUGUAAUGCAGUUUGAAGGAGGGUCAGCUGAUGUGAACAACACUGAAAAUGUUAUCAGUAAAAGUGAAAAACUGAAGAAAAGAAAAUUGAAAGAGAAUUCUAAAACAUCCCGUGCAAAAUUUAUGAACCCGACCAGUGAUGCUUUGACUGUAGCUUAUGCCUUGCAGUGUUUUGAACUAUCAGAAAAUCAGGUGGACUUCUGUAAUGAGUAUUCAUUACACCUUAAAACCAUGGAGGAAAUGUCAAAGUUGAGAAAGCAGCUUCUGCAUUUAUUGUUUAACCAAACUAUGUGUGAUACUCGGCAGGAGUUUUUAUGGACUUGUGGAAAUAAAGAGGAUGUAGAACGAUCUUGGAUGGUUUAUUGUAAUAAACAUCCCCUGACGUUAAACGAAGAAGAGCUUUUGGGGCAAGCUAUAUGUGCUGGGUGGGCUGAUAGAGUUGCCAGACGUGUAAGAGGAAUUUCAGGCUUAUCAGAGGAAGAUCGGAAAGUGAGUGCACCCCGUUAUCAAGCACACAAAGUAAAUGAAACUGUGUUCCUUCAUCGCUGGUCUUCUGUUUCAAGAACUGCCCCCGAGUUUUUGGUGUUUAGUGAGCUUGUUGACAGGAAACGUCCAUAUUUACAUGGAGCAACAAGAGUGAAACCCGAGUGGCUUACUAGAUAUUCUGGCAAUCUAUGCAGUUUCUCUGCACCACUUGCCGACCCAAAACCAUAUUACGAGCCUCAGACUGACCAAGUUUAUAAUUGGGUGAAUACUACUUUUGGUGACCAUUUAUGGCAGCUCCCACUACACAGUUUACCUGUUAAAGACGAGAAAGUUAAGGUGACUGUUUUCUGUUACUCUUUGCUUGAUGGGAUUGUGUUACCAUGUGUAAGAAAAGUGAGGAAGUUUAUGGAUGCCCAAUCCGCCAGCAUUUUAAAACCAGAGGUAUCGAGCCAUAAGAGAUUUGGGAGACUAGUGUACGAGUUAAAGAAAAGGAAUAUACAUAGUUGUGCGGCGUUAAGGAAGGCAUGGAAGGAAAAUGAAAGAAUGUUGUAUGAUGAACUUUUGGAUUGGUUUCCAAAGGGAUUUGAGAAUACCUUUGCGGGUUUAUGGGAAAAUAUGCAGCAAGAAGUACAAUUAGAUCCCCAGGAGCGUUUUCUUGUAGUGAAGAAAAAAGAGAAUAGUAGAAAAAUACGUAUCAUGAACUAGCUUGCGUCUUCAUGGUGAAAGGUGUAGGUACGUUUCAAGAAAGAUUUUAUACUAGCAAUGUCAUUGUAACGCACAUUUUUGUUAGUAUUCAUGAAGUUAUAGUUAUUUACUAUAAGGUUUUAUCAUGUUUAGUUUUUAUUAAUGAAAAAUUAUAUCGCAUUUGUCUUAAA